AUGAACGUGAAUAACAGAAUCAUAUAUUUCUUUUUGCAACAAAAAAAAAAAUAUAUUAUUUUUCCUACCCAUGAAGAGCUUCACACUGUAGCACCUCAUUACCCAGGAGCAGUUGGAGCAAUAGAUGGGACCCAUAUAUUUGCUAAGGUGGAGAAGGCUCAGCAAGAUAGCUAUAUCGAUAGAUAUAGAAGGCAUUCAAUAAAUCUGAUGGCUAUAUGCGAUGGAAAUUGUUUCUUCACUUACAUAUUCGUUGGAUUUCCAGGAUCUGCACAUGAUUCCCGGGUGUUUCAAAAUUCUUCACUAUAUCAUCAAAUUGAGUCACAUGGUCCGCAGAAGUUUUUUGAUGAAAAUUUUCAUCUAAUAGGGGACAGUGCCUUCGGACUGAGAAGUUGGCUCAUGACGCCUUAUAAAGGAAAUAAUCUUACGAGGAAACAAAAAAAACAUAAUUAUAUGUUGAGUGCAGACAGAGUGAAGAUCGAACAUGCCUUUGGAUUAUUGAAGGGAAGAUGGAGACGACUGCAAUAUAUUAAUGUGUAUAAUAUUUGUAAAACGGUUGAAAUCAUCACAGCAAGCUGUGUUCUCCAUAAUUUUUGUUUGAUUAAUAAGGACUUAUGGGAUGAAGAGGCUCCCAUAGAAUGUGCUGAUAGAAUAUUGAAUUAUCAAGAGGAGGAAGAUCAGCAAGAGGGUAGGGUGAAAAGAGAUGUAAUCGCAAACAGUUUUUGAUGUAAUGAAUUUUUCUGCUGUAGUCUGGAGAAUGGAACUUCUGCUAUAAUUUAUUGAAUGGAAAGUAACACUUUACAAAAACAGUAUCGAAAGAAGUUUUUUGGGACGAUUUGUUUGACAAUAACAUGAACU